AUGGUUAAUAACAGACGUAGAAAAAGUAAUCAAUUGAUUCUUGGGAUCACACUAGCUAUUGGUAUUGGUACAUCAUGUUACUAUUUAUGGAAAUCAUUACAAAAUGGAGAAGAUAGGAAAAUAAGCGAUACUCCCAUAAAAGAUGCAACCAAUGAUAAAAGGAAUAAAUCACGUUGUGUAGUGGUAACAUCUAGUGUCAUUGAUACAAUGAAUGUGAUUCCUUGGUCACAAUUGUUAGAAGAUGAAGAAGAUUUAGUUUUGAUUGUUAUUCCAAGUUGUAAGGACCGAUUCCAUUUAAAAUUAGAUCCAAGGUUUGCAUAUAAAGUUAUACGUUGCGAUACAGUGCUUGGUGUCUGGUCUUGUAUUAAAUCUUUAAAGAAGCAAGAAUUGUAUGUUAAUCUUGAAGAAUUUCCAGAUGGCGAACGAAAUAUGCCUGAUGAUAUACCUAGAUAUGUCCCACAUAUAACGUAUUGGAAAAAUGAAAAAGAUAUUCUGACAACAUUCCCCAUAUAA